AUGGCCCCACUUAAGACUUCACUCCUCGCCUUCGCAGCUUCAGCCGCGCAAGUCGCUGCUCAUGGCCAUGUUGACUGGCUUGUCACAAACGGCGUUGCAUUUCGAGGCUAUUCUGCACCUGAGAUGAGCUGGAAUCCCAAUCAUCCUCCUGUCGUCGGUUGGACCAACGGUGCCACUGACAAUGGUUAUGUUGAGCCCAACUCCUUCGCAGACCCCGAUAUCAUCUGCCACAGAGCCGCGAGACCUGGUAAAGGCCACGUAACAGUAGCAGCAGGCGACAAGAUUACUCUUCAGUGGAAUACUUGGCCAGAUAGUCACCACGGUCCCGUGAUUGAUUAUCUUGCGAGAUGUCCUGGGGACUGCGAGACCGUUGACAAGAAUGAUCUGGAGUUCUUCAAGAUUGGUCAAGAAGGGCUCAUCGAUAUGUCGAUGCAGAACGGCAAAUGGGCAUCUGACGUCCUUGUCGCUACUGGCUUCUCUUGGACUCUUCAGAUACCUCAGGAAUUGGCCCCCGGAAACUAUGUCCUUCGCCACGAGAUUAUAGCGCUGCACGGGAGUGGUCAGCCGAAUGGAGCACAGAACUACCCGCAAUGCUUCAAUCUCAAGGUCACUGGUGACGGAGACUUGGCUCCGGAUGGCGUCAAAGGUACACAGCUCUACAAGGCCAACGAUCCUGGUAUUCUCUUCAACCUCUACACAACCCCUUUGUCCUACAAGAUCCCUGGUCCUACACUGGUUCCUGGCCUCCCUUCUACAGUCUCUCAGCGUAUUGUAGCUGCAACUGCAACAUCGAGUGCAACUGUGCCAGGGCAGACCCAAGCUAGCACGAGCAGCAAAUCUUCUUCUUCCACAUCGAAAAGAAGCUCGGCAUCGACCAGUACUGCUGUUAGAGGAGAUACAACGCUCAAAAUUUCAACAACAAGCAAGUCUUCCUCGUCCAGCACUACGAAGGACACACCACAGCCCACAGAAGACGACGAUAUCAUAUGUGGUCCUGCAACAGGAGGUCUUCCAAAGUAUAGUCAAUGUGGAGCUACUUAUGGCUCAAACAAUGAGGAAGCUAAUUCUUUCAAAUUUUUUCAUAUGUGGUAUCCGGAGAAUCGCUCACUUGGAUGGACAUAUGUUCUCAAGGCGACUGAAGAUUGUGUCAAGAAUAAAGAGCCAUGGUCUUCAAACCUAGCGAAGCAGGAAGAGGAAGAGAAGAAGAAGGAAGAGGAAGAAGCUAAUAGUGAUGAAAAGAAUGACAAGUAUACGCCAGCCGGGUUAGCUCUUCUCCGGGCUCUGGAGCACGAAAGGAACUACAUUCAACACCUCAGAGAGAACAACGGAAAGAGGAGGUCUCCUCAGCACAAUAAUCUCACGCAAAUUUCAAUCGACGAACAGGACCAGUUCAGUCCGGAGCACUGGCUUCCUCGCUCUUCAGAUCUCAUCCUUCUCACUAGAAAGCACCCUUUCAAUGCUGAGGCGCCCGUUGACGCGACUGUACGAAGUUGGCUUGGUCACAUCUAA